CUUUGUUGGAUUCGAACAUCAUAUUUUGAAGGGCCGUAUAUUGAAUUGUCAGGGCAUAUAUUUUGUAGGUGAGCAUAUUCAUAGAGACAUGGAGGAUGCUGCAAUGGGUAGGAGUUACGGCUUAUAUAUGGAAGAAGAGGAUGUUUAUGGAAAUGAACAACAGUCAGAGUUGGAGAAAGCAAUUCAGUCGGAUGCUGCAGAGUUGGAGCCUCAACUAGAAGAUGUGUACAUUGAGACACAACAGUCUUUUGCUGAUGAAGCCAAGAAUAGUGCUGUUGAGGGUACAAAGGAUGCAAAUGAUUUUGAAAAAUUGAAUGAUCAGCAUCCUAAGUAUUCAAAUGGAGCACAACCACCGUAUAUUGGUAUGAAUUUCUUAAACUGGGAAGAAGCUUAUUCUUUUUACAAUAAUUAUGCCCGGAUGAAAGGUUUUCGUGUUCGCAUCGGUAGGACUGAUGUAUCAAGGAAAAGGGAGUUAGAUGGUUCAAGUCCUAAGGUUUUUUCAAAGAAGUUUGUAUGUAACAAAGAAGGUUAUCGAUGUGAUAAUGACAAGCGACGGAAGGGGAAAAAAGUGCAUCAUCGGCCAGAAGUUAGAGUUGGUUGUCCAGCAUAUCUUUCUAUUAAACCAAAUUCGAAUGGUUGGUUUGUGCACAAAUUUGAGUCAGAUCACAAUCACCCACUGGUUGUUGAAGACCAAUCAAUUAAGCCCCAAUCACACCAACAGUUGGCAGAUGGUGUAAAAUUGUCAUUUGAUAAUCUCCAUAGUGCUGGUAUUGGUCAAACACAAAUAGUUGAUGAUGAUUUGGAGUGCUUUGGUGGUUAUAAUAAUAUAGGUUUGACAGAGGGGAUGGAAAUAAAUGAAAGGAAGAUGAUUGAAGUGGAUCUUCAGACAGUUUUAGCAUAUUUUGAGUCUAUGAAAGAAAAGGAUCCCAAAUUCAUUUAUUCAAUUAAUGUAUCUGAUAAACAAACUUUGAGUGGGGUUUUUUGGAUUGAUGGCAAAGGCAGGUCUGAUUAUGAAGUUUUUGGUGAUGUUGUGGUGUUUGACACAACAUACAAGAAAAAUCGAUACAGAUGGCCAUUUGGCCCAUUCACUGGCGUGAACAACCAUGCUCAAUCUAUUCUGUUUGGAUGUGGUUUGGUUGCGAAUGAAACAAAGGAGUCAUUUGAGUGGUUGUUCAAGGCGUGGUUGAAUGCAAUGGGAGACAAAGCACCGAAGGCAAUUAUUACUGACGAGUGUACUGGUAUUAUACCUGCAGUGGCUAGUGUUUUCCCUAAAACAGUACAUCGCUUUUGUUCGUGGCAAGUCUCUAAGCAUGCCCUACAUCACCUCGGUUCUUUAUGGUUCCAAAAGCCUGAUUUUAAGUUAGAAUGGAAGCAGUGCAUCUACCGUUCAUGGUCAGAGGCAGAUUUCCUAACUCGGUGGGAAGCAAUGAUGGUGAAAUAUAAUUUGAAGGACCAUUCGUGGUUAAAUGAGAAGUUUGCCCAAAAGAAGUUUUGGGUGCCUUGUUAUUUUAGAGGCACAUUCUUUGGUGGAAUGAGCUCGACCCAGCAAAGUGAGGGGAUGAACAGUUACUUUCGAGGAUAUUUCAAGGGCUCUAUGACAUUGCUAAGAUUUGUCAAGGAAUAUGAAAGGGCUAUUGCUAGGCGUAGAGAGAAGGAAGCUGAUGCAGAGUUCAAAUCACUUAUGAGAUUACCUCAAUUGGAAUCACAAAGUCCUAUUGAAAUGCAUGGUAGACAGGUGUACACGAGGAGGGUAUUUGAGAUUUUUAAGAAAAAUUUUAGCGCAAGCCUUAGCUUAUCUGCUGUAGAUGAGUCAUUUAAAGGGUCAGUUAGGAAGUUUAAGGUUGGGCCCUUUAAUGUUCCAAUUGAGCACAGAUGCGUUGUUGAGUACAACUCCAUUGAAGAAGAGAUACAUUGUAGUUGCCUUAUGUUUGAAUUCAUGGGAAUACCAUGCAAGCAUUUUUUGAAGGUUCUACAAAUGGUUGAUCGUGAUAGUAUACCCUCCAAAUACAUUCUAUCUAGGUGGACGAAAGAAGCAAAGUCUGGGUUGUCUGAUGCUUAUACUCCAUGUAAUGCUCCCCCUACUGUAAAUACAGUUCAUUACGGAGCUUAAGAGAGGCCUUUUGAU